AUGACACUCACCGCUUUGUUGGUCAAGGCAUUCGAGCUCGCAGUAAUUGCCUUGGUUGGUCAAUACGUUUUGGCUUACAAGCGGUCUCCCCUCAAGAAAAUACCGGGACCAUUCCUCGCCAAAUUCUCGGAUAUCUGGCGCCUCGUCAACCACUAUGGCCAAACGCAUAUCGAGACUCAGAAAAAGUUGCAUGAAAAGCAUGGCGACGUCGUCCGACUUGGGCCAAACACCGUGAGCAUCGCAGACCCCAACCUCAUCAAGACCAUAUAUUCCACACGAGGAACAUUCCCAAAAUCCGAGUACUAUUCAGUGAACGACGCCCUACAAAAUGGACACCUCAUCCAGAAUCUUUUCAGCACGCGCGAUAACGAAUUCCACUCCCGGACUCUCAAGCCUGUUCAGAAGCUGUACUCUCUGUCAAAUGCCCUGCAACUAGAGACUCUUAUGAAUGAAGAUCUGCAUGUCUUCCGCUCUGAGCUUGAGACCAGAUUCAUGCAAGGAGAAAACGAAGGUAAAACAUGCGAUCUUGCGGACUGGAUUUCUUACUUUGCUUGGGACUUUCUCGGCGACAUGACCUGGAGCAAGCGUAUGGGGUUCAUGGAGCAAGGAAAGGACGUGGGUAACAUGCUUGCUACGGCUGAGAACGUGAUGCGAUACUUCUCAGUGGUCGGCCAAAUUCCCGCCCUCGACAAGCUUCUCGGGAAAAAUGCAUACUCGCCCUACAUCCACAAGUUUGACGAUUUCUCUGUCGCUGCGGGCGCUGCUGUCGAGCGCUUCAUGGAACGCAUGCAAGAUCCGGGGCAAUUCAAGGGCAAAAAAGACUUUCUGAACGAUUUUCUGCAAGCUAAAGAAGAUAAUCCCACUCUCGUCACGGACAACGAGGUCAUAGGCUACAUGAUCAUCAACAUCCUAGGUGGCGCCGACACCCUUGCCAUUGUGAUCAAAGCCAUUUUCUAUCACAUCCUCAAAUCUCCGCGCGCCAAACAGCUACUCGUGUCUGAGCUCCGGUCUGCAAAUCUCUCUGACUCCCCAUCCUAUUCAACUCUAGAAGUUCUUCCUUAUCUUGACGCCUGCAUAAAGGAAGGCCUGCGCAUGCACCCUGUUGUUGGACACAUCCUGGAGCGCAUUGUCCCCGCAUCCGGCCUGACACUUGCUGACGGCACUAUUCUGCCUCCGGGUACAAUCGUUGGUGUUAACCCGUGGGUUGUGCAUUACAAGAGCGACAUUUUCGGUCCACAGGUCAAUGAAUUCCGGCCUGAACGGUGGUUAAGGGAACAAAGUGAGGGGAAAGAAGAGUUCGAGUUCCGCAUCAAGAAGAUGAAGGAUGCCGAUCUGAGCUUUGGAGGGGGGAAUCGCGUAUGCCUCGGACGUCCGUUGGCCUUGGUCGAGUUGUACAAGGUUGUUGCUACCAUGUUUCGGGGCUAUGAAAUUGAACUUGAAGAUCCAAGCAAAGAGUGGGAAUUGAGUAAGCAGUGGUUUGUUUGGCCGCAUAAGAUUAGGGUGAAGAUGAGUCCGUCUAGGAUGUCGUAG